AUGUUGUCAAGUGAUUUGAAAUUAGCCUACAUGGAAAGAGAACCUCACUAUAAUUUUGCACCUCCUCUUCAAGAAUGGAAGAAAGUUGAGAAAGUUUGCAAGCUACUAGAAGUGUUUAAUUUAGCUACACAUGUGAUCUCAGUUAGCAAGUAUCUGACUACAAACUUGUAUCUGGCUGAAGUUGGGAGGAUGAACCAAAUAAUUGACAAUGCAAUGGAAGAGGAAGAUCUCUUCAUGAGAGAAAUGGCAAGGCCAAUGAAAUUAAAGUUUGACAAAUAUUAG